CUUCAUCUAGCAUCAAAGACUUUUUUAUUAUCUUUAUACAUAUUAUUUUUAUAUCAGUUUAUAGGGUCAACAUAUAAAUUUACAAGAUGCCCCCAAAGAAGAAAGGUGGAGGUAAAGGCGGUGCUGGAGCUAUUAUUGAUGGGGUAGAUACGACUCAGAUGACCAGAGAACAGUUAGAAGUAUUCUGUCAUAAAAUAAAGGAAGAAAAUGAACGGGAACGCGAAGAAAGAAAUUUCUUUCAAAUGGAAAGAGAUAAAUUGAGGACAUUUUGGGAAAUAUGCAGAAACGAACUUGAAGAAGCAAGAGCUAAACUAAGAAACAAGGACCGUCAAAUUGAAGAGGCGGCCGAGAAAAAUGAAGAGGAACUGAAAUUUUACAAACAGAAAGUAAAACAUUUACAGUACGAACAUCAAAACGAUUUGACAGAAUGCAAAGCCGAAGGUUUGGUCUCUUUAAAAACCGCCCAGGAUGAGCACGUGGAACAGGAAAAAGAAUUGUUGAGGGAUAAAAAGAAUUUGAAAAUGCAGUUGAGAGAACAGGAAAUAUCGUUUCAGGAUCAAAUAAAAAAUAUAAAAAUUGAACACCAAAAACAUAUUAGUGAGGCUAGAAUCGAGUUUGAGGAUAAAGCCAAAGAACUUGAAACCAAAUACGAAAAGAAAUUUCAAGAUUUGAGAACGCAGUUGAACUCUCAACAUGAUAUGGAAAUAUCAGAAGUGGACGAAAGGAAAAACAACCAGAUAACGGAAUUAAAUAAAAACCAUGACAAAGCUUUCAACGAAAUGAAAAAUUAUUAUAACGAUAUUACUUUGAAUAAUUUGGCACUGAUUAGUACUUUAAAGGAUCAAAUGGAAGUAUUACGAAAGCAGAACGACAGAAUGACUAAGCAAGUGGCUGACCUAACUGCCGAGAAUAAAAGACUGAUCACGCCUCUGAAACAAGCUCUGGAUGACGUCAAGGAGUACAAAAGACAGUUACAGAAUUACGAGAAAGAUAAAAUUUCGUUGGCUAACACCAAAGCCAAACUUUCGGAAACAUUGAAGGACUUGGAAGAUCUCAGAUGGUCUAACGAUGCACUGGAACUGAGGUUUAUGCAGCUACAGAAAGAAAGAGAUGAGUUACAUAAUCGUUUCGUCAAAGCUAUUUUGGAAGUGCAGCAGAAGACCGGUGUGAAAAAUAUACUUCUGCAGAAGCGAAUCCUAACCUUAAGUCAAGUAACUGAACAUAAGGAGGUUGUAAUCGGCGAAUUGACAGCUGCGAUGAUGAACCCACCUGAAAAAACUAAUCAGCAACUAGAGGAUAUUUUAUCCAAGAAAAACGCCACCAUCAGUGACCUUCAAUACGAGUUGGCCAGAGUGUGUAAGGCGCACGACGAUCUAUUGGAAACUUUCGAGGAAAAAAUGAAAUUUUACGGAAUACCUAAGUCGGAGCUGGGUUUCGCCACUUUGAGGAUGGUGCCACAAGGUCAAGGGGGGUUGUCGAGGGGACCUGCGGGAUUGGUAACUCAAAAUAAAUAAAUUGAUA